AUGUCGCAGAACACCGAGCCUCAACUGUCGCAAGGUUCUUUGGGCCCUCCGGCAGAAAUUUCCCGCCCGGCCACGCCAGUGCAGCGCGCAACUCUUUCCGCAUCUCCCGAUUUGAGUGUAGGAGCUGGAAGCCAGUCACCGCACUCCGACAACCUCAAAUUCAUAUCACCCCCGUCUUUACCUUCGUCAGGCUUGACUCCGCCACUGUCAACACAGAUUCCUGGAGCUCCGCGAAGGUCAAGAUCUCGAUCGAGCUCGUACUUGGCGCCGUCUCCGGACAUUGAAGAAACACUGUGUGCUGCAUACGGAGCGUCUGAAAAUCUCCCUACGGCCGGGGAAAUCGAUACCGCUGACGAGAAUAAACUUCGCACCAUUGCAAAAGAGCUUCUUGGAGUAGCUCGAGAGUCUCGCGUGUCUGCCCUUCAUUUCAAAUUGCAAUAUGGUCUUUUGUCGUUUAGGAGUAAUGUGGCUAUCAAACGCGCCGAGGUUGAGCAUAAGCUUGCUAGGAGAGAGGCCGAGAUUCUUCAAAGCACCGAGUAUCGCAGUCGCCACCCCCCAUCCGACGCAGAGCCCGUGCCUCAAAUCUCUAAUAUCGAGUUGGAACUUGCAGUCAAACGUAAUCAAGAGCUUGAGAGGGCCAAUGCUACCCUUGAAAGAAGACUGCAAAGAGCCAAGAAGCUUAUUGAGCAAGAAAAAGACCAGUCAGAUCAGUUGGUAGAAGAGAAUCAGUUGUUGAAGAAGCGCAUUCGAGAGAAUCGGGAACAUUUCUCGCGGAUGAUUGAGCACGGUCCAAUGUCUCCGAGCCAAAGUGUCCAAACUCCUCACCGGAGGUCUCAGCCUCAAUUUAUGGACAACAACGACCAUAAUCUACACAGAAGUGAUAGCACUAACCCGUUUGCUGCUCUCCUUGCCGCGGAUCGUGUUCUCAACAGGGCAUCCCCUAGUGUGGCAUCGACGCCACAUCGGCAUAGAGCCCAUCGACACCAUUCAAAUGGACACGCGCGAGGUAGCCAUUCCCUGUCCUCACUUCCCAUUACACCAUCUCAGACACACAAAGUCCAUCAGGAAAGCCAAUAUGUCACUCCUGGGAGGGAUUCUAGCGAUGAGAACCGCGAUAGGGAUAGCACAAUUUCUGCUUCUGAUAUCGAGGAAGCCGAAACCGAAGAAGAUAUUCCACCUUCCCGGGCGGAAUCUCUUACAACCAGCAUACUUCGCCGUAACCAUCCAAUUAUCAAACAGGAUAUGCACAAUCCGGCAUCAAGAUCUAGCACACUUCUGCAGACAAAGCUAUUCGGCCAAGUGCGAAAGACUGGUGUUGACCGCCCUGCGAGUAAUCUCAAACGCAAGGCAAGUUCUGAUGGUGCGAGCUCGAAGAAAUCAAAAGCGGAGGACCAGGUGGGUCUCGGAAUUCAUUGA